AAACUCCUUUGCAGGAAGAAUCGUCAGAGCUCGUGUUUCACACAACCGUUCGUUUAUACCGCAAUCAAUCAUGUAAGGAGGGGAGACAUGUUAUUGUUUUUGUGGGAAUAAUAAAUACAAAGUGGCAUUUAAUCUCUGGUUGUUAAUCUCCCAACAGCUGUUUAAAAAAAUCUUAGCUACAAACUUCGCGUGGGAGAAGAACGUGAGCGACUGCCAACUGUGUGAUUGAAUGGCUGAGGGCUCAGUCACAGACUCUCUGGAUUUGAAUCCAGAUGAGACUUCAGCACGACAGAAAUGUAACCAGCAGCAAUCCAGGAGGUGUCGGAACAGAGAGGGCCACAACCGUAACUGGAGUGGUUCUAAUAAUUACGGCCCAGCACCGCAGCAACAGCAGCAAGGCCAUUUUCACCAUGGGGUCAAACAAUCUCAAGUCCAUGACAAUUCAACGGUCCCUGUAAAUUUCCAUCCUCCUCCCUACCACCAAGAGGAUGUAUCAAGGGGUCGAGGAAGAGGAGGAAGAGGGGCUAACGGAGGUGGUGGGGGAGGGGGCCGGGGCUCAAGGGGCCAGCCUCCAAGGUGGAACAGGCCUGGGGUCGACACGGGCCCCCCUGGCUUACCUAGGGGCCACCAUGGACUGGGUGGUGGUGGUGGCUACAGGCCUGGAACACCCCCCAUAGACGGGCCUAGCUGGCGUCGAGGAGACCCUGGCGGCUGGAGUGUAGAGGUGGGGCCUGCCCACGAAGACCACCAGGACACCCGCCCUGAAAAACCCCGACGGUUCAGCCAGGAGCCGCGGAGAGAAGAGAGAGGUGCGAGGAGUGCGAAAGGACCUCCUCACUCUCUGGAAAAGCAGGAGAACCACGACAGCCACGCUACAGGAGGAGGAGGCUGGGACCCUGCUGAGCCCAGAGAAGAAACCCCACCAUCAGAAAUGGGGGCCAGAAGCCGAAAAGGAGGGAGAGCCGAAGAAAGGAACCCCCACGUCGACGCUCAACAGAAAUUCCCUGAGCCCAAGCGACGCCAGGGGCCUAUCAAAGAAUAUCCCCAGGAGAAGGACCAUGAGAGGGGAGCCAGAGACAUCCCCUCUGGCCAUCGUGAUAAACUGGGCUCUGGCACUGAAGAGGAGCCCAGCUGGAGGAGUCAGGGGAGAGGCCAGGCGAGACGCACCCCCCUACAGGACAGAGGCCAGAGGAGAACACUCAACUCAGACCACAGGCCUGGACAGAAGAGGUGGGACAACGUGCCCAACAAGAGCAAGGAGACUCAGACAGGUUGCCUGAUCGAGCAGCUGUCUGAGGAGAAGUAUGAGUGCAUGGUGUGCUGUGAGGUGAUCAGAGUCAUGGCUCCAGUCUGGAGCUGCCACAGCUGCUUCCACGUCUUCCAUCUCAACUGCAUCAAGAAGUGGGCCCGCUCCCCAGCCUCCCAGGCAGACGAAACAAAUGAUGGGUGGCGGUGUCCGGCCUGUCAGAAUGUUGUCUUCCAACCCCCGAACGUCUACAAGUGCUUCUGUGGCAAAGCGACCAACCCAGAGUUCCAGCGUAGUGAGAUCCCACACAGCUGUGGAGACAUGUGUGGGAAGAAGAGGAGCGGAGCAGACUGCAAGCACCCCUGUAACAUUUUGUGUCACCCAGGACCUUGUCCCCAGUGUCCUGCUUCUGUCACCAAAGCAUGCACCUGCGGAAGAACCAGUCAGCCAAUGCGGUGUGGCCAGGCCACUGCCAUCCACUGUGACAAGCAGUGUGGCGCCACCCUCAACUGUUCCGAACACACCUGUACCCAGGUGUGCCACAGCGGACUGUGCCAGCCUUGCCCGCUACAGGUCAAGCAGGUGUGCUACUGCGGUGUUGUGUCUCGGGAGGUACUCUGUGGGACGGAUAAAGACCGCUUUGAUGGCUCAGGUCACUUCUGCUGUCAGAAAGCAUGUGGCAAGAUGUUGGACUGUGAGGCCCACCGCUGUGAGCAGGUGUGCCACCCUGGGCCGUGCAAGCCGUGCCCACGCUCCCCCAGGCUAGUAAGGAGCUGCCCCUGUGGGCAGACGGCCCUGGCCAAGCUCCUGGAGCUGGGCUACCCCGAACGCCGCAGCUGCUCCGACCCCAUCCCCUCCUGUGGCAAGACCUGCAGCAAGCCUCUGCCCUGCGGCUCCAGCGAGACCAUCCACAUCUGUGAGAAGCUGUGCCAUGAGGGAAGCUGCGGUCCCUGCUCGCUCACCUCCACCAUCAAAUGCAAAUGCGGCUCGAAGACCAAGGAUGUUCCCUGUGCAGUCAUCCAGAAUGAAGAUGGACUGAUUUUUACUUGUGAGAAGCGCUGCCUCAAAAAACGCUCCUGUGGCCGACACAAAUGUGGCGAGCUGUGCUGUGUGGGCGCGGAACACAAGUGCUCUCUGAUCUGUGGCUACAAGCUCAACUGUGGCCUCCACCGCUGCCAAGAGCUCUGUCACCGUGGGAACUGCCAACCCUGCUGGCAAACCAGUUUUGAUGAGCUGGCGUGCCACUGUGGGGUGAGUGUCCUGUUCCCCCCCAUCGCCUGUGGCACCAAGCCCCCAGAGUGUAAGAACCCGUGUACCAGGAGGCACGAGUGUGACCACCCAGUGUUCCACAACUGCCACAGUGAGGAGAAGUGCCCACCCUGUACCUACCUCACUCAGAAGUGGUGCAUGGGAAAGCAUGAGCGAAGGAGCAACAUCCCGUGCCACCUUCAGGACAUCUCCUGUGGCCUGGCCUGCAACAAGGUUCUGCUGUGUGAUCUCCACCGCUGCCGCCGCAUCUGUCACCGGGCCGAGUGUCUGGCCGAGGGCGUCUGCCGCCAGCCCUGCCUGCUUCCCCGGCCCAACUGUGGCCACCCCUGCAACGCCCCUUGCCACAAGGGCACCAGCUGCCCGGGCAGCACCUGCACUGCCAAGGUGGCGCUACAGUGCGACUGCGGUCGGAGAAAGGAAACUGUGGUGUGCACGGAAGCAGCCAGUGCCCAUCAGAGGUAUGCAGCCAUUGCCAUGGCCAGUAAGCUGUCUGACAUGCAGCUCGGUGACACUGUAGACAUGGGUCUUAUCACUAAGAAGGAGAUGAAACACACCAAGUUGGAGUGUGAUGAGGGGUGUGCUGCACUGGAAAGGAACAGGCGAUUGGCUGAGGCCCUGCAGAUUGACCCGUCAGUGGACCCCUUCAAUAUGCGCUCCUCCUCCUCAACGUACAGUGACAGCCUCAGAGUUGAUGCCAGAAAAGAUUUUAAGUUUGUCAGCGAGAUAGAAGAGGAGAUCAAGAAUCUGGUUGAGCUGACCAGCAAGGGUAAACAGUCCAAAAGGAGCCACUGCUUCCCCCCAAUGAACCGGGAGCACAGGAAGCUAGUCCACGAGCUGGCCGAGGCCUACAACGUGGAGAGUGUGAGCUACGACAGCGAGCCCAAACGCAACGUAGUCAUCACCGCCAUCAGGGGGAAGUCUGCCUGUCCUAACUCAACCCUGACCUCCCUGAUGGAGAGAGACACUGGGGUCCCGAGGGCUCCUCCACCCAUUGCCCAUAUCAAACAUAGCAGCAAGGCUGACAGUGUGAGCAGCUGGUCCAAGGCAGUCAAAGAAGAGCCGGUGAUUGACUACUUCGAUGUCCAGGAUUAAUGAAGGCACAAAAGAAGCAAGCUGCAUGAUGUAACAAUCAUACUAAACUAAGAAUGCGUCUGCGGUCCGACGAUUUUUGGAAAUCUGUGAUGCUAUUUCCCCUCUCUCAUUUAGGUUAUUUUUCUCUUGAAGGCCAACACGUGUCACUACAUAAGUAUUUGGGAUUUGUAACCAUAUAAAAAGUGUUACGUUUGAAACGGUGCCAUGAACAUUGUUCGGUGGCAUUAGUGCUUUCUUCCCGCAAAUGCGUACUCCAGACUUUGAAAAUAAUAAUUGAUUGUGUUUUUAUAGGUAGCAAUUUUCACUUGUUCUCAAUGCAGGACUACCAGUAUGUUGUAUUCUACGAGGGGACGUACCAUACACCUUAUUUCAAUAAAGCAAUUUUUCAAUGGG